AAAAAACGAUACUCAUUACUGGAAAAAACUCUGCUACCAUGGUUUCGUCAUAUCCCUGGUAUGGAUUCAUUGAAUGAUAAUGUCACUCUUUUGUCUUCUCGGCCAAUCACUUUUUUGGAGCGACUCAAAGGUUUCCAUAAACCAAAACAUCCGGAGGAAAGGUUAUCAUUGGUGCAAGAUUUAUUAAUGAAAUGGUAUGACAUUUCAAACUUUUAUUAUAAUGAUAUUUAUCAACUUUACGAACGGAACUUUUUUUUUUUGAUCCUCAUUAGGUGGCAAACUUUACUGGAUGAAGUAUUUAGAGUGGAUUAUGAUGAACGGAACGCGUAUAUGAAUUGUAUAUGUGAAAUCAUGAUUCGACCCGAGUUCUUACCAGGAGACUGUGGUGACAAGUCGUUUUACAUGCACCAAGCAAACUAUGACAAGUUAAUAUCUUCUACUCUGGAAUUGGUCAAGAAAAAAAUGAAUAAUAAUGUAGUCUUUGAAGAUGUUAUGCGAUUUUCAGCCAAUGUCCUUGCAAUUUGCUUUUUCAAGGUACCUGAUCUAACAGCAACGAUAUUAUGUGGAUUGAAUCUUCGGCCUGUUUGGAUUCAUCGACUUCGUAAAGAAAUGGGUGAUUUACAACGACUGGAUGAUUACAAAGUACAAAUGAAAAAAAUAUUUCCUUCCCAUUUACAUCCUCUUAUUGGUGCUAGUGGAUGGGAAUAUCAACAAUUUAUUCGUGGCCUUUCUCCCAAUUUGGAAGACAUGUCAAGCAUAUGGAUGGAACGUUUGAAAUGUACAUCAGGCGAAUUAUACACGCUGUUUUAUAGACAUAUACAUGUCGUUUUGGCCAAAUAUCUUAGUCUCAUAUGUCCUGAAGCUCAAAAAGAACGAUUACAAGCACGAAAUUCUAUGUUGGUGGCUUCUCCAUGUUAUCUUUAUGUCACUGGUUAUUUUCUUUUUUGUAUUGAAUAUUUCAUCCAUCAUAUGGUACAUUCUCUUACACUUGACACUGCAAAUGAUUCUAGUGAUAAUUUGGCGUCUUUACUCUCCAGAAAACCUCACUAUGAUGAAGAUGAUAGUUACGGUAACUACAAGAAGAAUCAAUUUGGUGGCUUGACAUAUCGAGGAUCUAGUGGAAGUACGAAUAAGAAAAAGUUUAUCAAACUGAAAUCAUUACAUGAAUAUGAAUCUGGUCCACAUGGUUAUCGACGAAAAAAAAAGAAGGAAGUAGCUGUGUCUGGUCAACAACAUUGUGGAAAACCUCAAAUAUUGGAAGAAUUGACAUGGAAAUAUUCAGAGUGCCUCGCUUGGUGUGUGAUGAUGUCUGAACCUCUUGGAAGAUAUCAUGAUAUUCCGAAUGUGAUGAUGCGUGCUUUGGUCCUAUCUACCGAAAUUGGAAAUGCUGUCGCUGUUUUUGGUAUUUUUGAUUUUUUGGAAGCAGCUAUAUUACAAUUACAACAUUAUCGACUACAAACUUGUUAUCAUCCACCACUUGACCAACCUUUUUUACUACAUACAAUUCAAGUUGUUUUAGCCUAUUCCGAUCACUCUACUACUCUCUUACGAGUUCUUUCGUUUGUAUAUGCUCAAUUCAAGUUCUUGGCUUCUCGUGCAGGACUUAUUGACUUUUUGUGCAAUCGAAUCUUACUAGAUACCGUGAUCUUUGAAAAGCUCUUUUUACACUGGGGUGCUAACGUUAGAAAUUUCUUCCUAAGGUGUUUAGUGUGGCGACUUGGUUGUAUAUGGCGCCCACUUAUUGUACGAUGGUCCUCAGAAAUGACUGAACUGGCACUCCGAAAUAAUGUUCCCGUUUGUGAUACUGAUAUAUGCAAAAAAAGUGGAUUUAUUGACGACUGGGAUGCUACUGGUUAUUCUGAUUUUGAAAUUACUGCUAAUUCAUUCAACAAGAUGGAAGCGCAGUUAAGACAACAUUCGAAAUUAUUGGUUCAUGUUGUUUUAGAAACAUUGUUUGAUUCAUUUCAGCAACAAUUUCACCAAUAUGAAGAUGAUCAAAUUUUACAAGAAAAAAAACUCGAUAACUGGAAUCAACAUCCGACAGCCGUGGUGUCCUAUCGAUUGAUGCAAUCUACAUUAACUGACUCCCCAACUUCGCUCUUCCUGGAAUUGACAUCUAAUAAGAAAAUGAACACAGAAGGUUUGGUACGAUCCAAUACUAAAACAGAGACACAUGUCAAAUCAACUACACCCACUUCCAGCGACAACGUUUUUAAGGAAUUGAUCUCUGAUAUACGACGAAUGUCUAUUAGCUCUAGUAUUUCAACAACAAGUAAAAAAACAACAACUGACGAAGGCAAUAUCAUUAAUAGCGAUGAUGAUGAAGAGGAAGAAGAUGACCAAUACAAAAUGGAUGUUGGAUUGGGUACUCCUUAUGGUGACAUCUGGUAUCAGUAUUACGCCGUUCCCAAACCAUUGAUUGAUCCAAUUAUCUCAACAGCACCAAUAAGACGACACAAACUAUUACGCAACAGGAAAACAACAGCAACAUCAUCAUCAUCAUCAUCAUUGGAUGCUAUUCAUGUGGAUCAGAAGAACAAUCAUCAUGAAUCUCAGUCAAUAUUUACAACGCAUGAUUCCAAACGUCUUUAUUUACUUCGUGGUGAUAAUAGUGGCAAGUAUGGAACCAAUUGGUUGGGAAAGGUGAUUAGCGAUGUACCAAAUAUGGAACUAAGAGCAGACAAUACGAUCAACAAAGCAAAGCAAUGGCGAUACAACCCAUCAAAGCACAGAUACGCAAUACUACAACAACAGGCAUCAAUAGGUGUAUAUAAUGAAUACAUUCGAUACAAGAAACGUGGAAUCCCAAAAUUACUAUUAGAUUGGCCAGCUCAUUGGGUUUUGAAUGAAACAAGGACAGAUCAUUUAAUUUAGAUUCUAGUUGAAUAGAUCAAAAUCAAUAAAAAAAAA